CUGUCCCGUUUUUCGUACUAAUACUAGUAAUAUUAGUAGAUUUAUAAACUAGAAUUUAGAAACGUACUGCAUAAUUAAAAUAUUUUUGUUACUUAGUAAAUUAUCCAAACCGGAUAAAGGACCACAAUAUUGUUAUGAUUUUGUUUCAAGUUCAAGCUGCUUAAUAAAUUGACUGUUGUGGUGGAUCACUCGUUCACUGGAGUGUAUUGGAUCUGACCAAAGGAUGUUAAAUGAAAACUGACAUGAAAUUUGUUGCUUAUAAUUAUAAUUAGAUUUGACACAUUGUGAGAAGUGAAAAAAACAACAUGUGUAUGGUGCUGGAUGUAUGUUUAGAAAGUUAUAUUUUAAAUGAAAUACAUAAAUAUUGAUGUGUUACAAUCAUGUCAAUGAACGAUGACUGUUGUCUUGUUGAUUAUGAAAAAGUGCAGUAUAGGUCGAAACCCGCAUGUAGUACUUAUGAAGAGACUGCUGAUAAGCCAGUUUAUUCCAUCGUACAUCCUGGUGAUCAGAAGUGUUCAAAAAGCUAUAUAAAUCAAGAGAAGGCUAGGUCUGCAUCAUCAACGUCAAGCGAAGAAAAAUAUUAUAUUUGUCGCACUUACAGUAGUGGGAGUAAUAACAGCUACAGUAGUGAGCCCAACAAUGUUGUUCAGCAGAAACCUCAGAACGAUAAUUCGAAGCUGUGUGGCUAUUUGAAUAAACUUGGAAGUCGAGGAUUGUUGAAAUCAUUUAAGAGACGAUGGUUUGUGUUUUCGGAAAAUAGUUGUAAGCUGUAUUACUACAGGGCUCCAGAAGACCUACUUCCACUAGGUGAGAUUGACAUUAGCAAAGCAACGCUCUCUUUUGAUGUAUCGCCAGAAAAGCCAGGACUUUUCACCGUCAGCACUCCAGAGAAAGAGUACAUUCUAGAGGCUAAGGAUCGUAAUACUUGCCUUUUCUGGCUGCAAGAACUUCAGAAAUGGAGACGUCACUUCAGCCUGAAGCGAACUCAACAGAUUCAGGAGAAAACCUCUAUGUCUGAAGCAGAUAGGCCUAGUAGGCCAGAAAGUGGACUACUGGCUCAUUCUUCACAUGAACAAAGUCCAGAAAAUGAGGAUAACAAUGAUCUGUCAGUUGUGUGUCCUAUUAGAAAACCAGAGGGAGGUUUCCAAAAAAACUCUUUCUCUCAAAGCAGCAUUCAUCGACCUUUGUUACUAGCCCAAUCUACAUACAACAACCUUCGUAAUCAAGUGGUGAGUUCGGUAGCCGCCAUACGGAAUCAUCGACAGCAACAAACCGACAGAAGUGAUUGUUAUGCUGUUCAGGAAGGCAUUAGUACUGCAGAUGCUAAUUUAUGUCCAGUCACCAGUUCUCCAAAGUCAUCCCUUCAGGUAGACACAGCAGCUAGUAGUAGUCAUGACGCUGUGUCCGUUUCCUCUUCUUCCUCAGGAUCCAAGUCUCCUAGCUUGAACGCUAUUUGUUCAAAGAUUCAAGGCUCAUUUCGCAUCAAAAAGUCUCAUAGCUUCAAGGAAAAGUAUGUCUCAAGCAGGAAAAGUGGGGACUUUGAAUCAUCAUGUGCCAAAUGUAAAGAGCUCAGUGUCCAGAUGAUGUCACUGAAAGAUGACCUCGUCACUGUGGAAGAUGAACUCUUCGCAAGCAGAGAAGUGAUCAAGGUUCUUCACAAAGAGCUUGAUGCUGCUUUCAUGGAAAAAGACACCUGUUCAAGACUUAACCGAGGAACUACACAAGAGAAAUACCUUCAACUUCUGAAUGAAAAAGACCAGCAGUUAGUCAACUUAACCCAUGACUAUAGGGCUCAACAGCAGGAUAUGGAGAUAAUACAUCAGAAAGUAACAGGCCUAGAAAGUGAGGUUGAAGAGCUGAAAGAGCGAGUAAAGCUCUACCAAGAACUGCUCCAAGAAAAAGACAAGGUCGUAAUGUCACUGACUAAUGAGAUAUUUGAAUUAGAAACUAAGAAGAGACAUCAGGAGAAACAGAGUCAACUACAACCCUCUGGUCCUAAUGGAGCGACAAAUGAUAACGUGAAAAAAAUUAUUUCUUCAGUGCUCGUUGACAGUCAAGAAUUAGAUGAAUUGAGGGAUGCACGACAAGCCUAUGAGCUACAGAAUAAGUUCCUUAAUAAAGAAAUACUAGAAGUGAACCAGUUGUUGAGGGAUUCUGAAGAACGAGAAAAUAAGCUUACUGUGAAAUCUGGGGAGUGGGAAGCCCGUGCUUACCAAAUUCAGAGCAAGCUGCUUUUUCUAUUAAAAGAACUGGAACGACCAUUUGAAGGUGAAAAUACACAAGAAGUUGUAAAACGUCUGCUCAGGGAAGCAAUGCACGAGGGAAACUUCUCAGGAGCUUUGUUCAGUCCUGAAGAGAACAGAAGUGCAGAGUACGACGAGUUUGGGUUUAACUGGAAGUGGGGGAAGGAAGAGGAUCUCGUCAGUACCAAGGCUGCAAACUUGCAACAAAAGUCGCAGGAUAUAACGUCAAGGAUAAAAGAUCCAGAUAUAAUAGCUUGGAGAGAAAAAUGGGAGAACUUCAUGGCUAACCAAGGUGGCAGAGAACUACAGAGAUCUCCAGAACUGAAAAUGCUUGUACGUUCUGGAAUUCCACCACAUUUCAGAGGAAGAGUGUGGAAGGGCUGCAUAAAUUUGCUGGUUAGGAAUAUAAGACAACGGCAGGGCUCUGAUUACUACAAGAAACUUUUGUCUAUAAGCACUGGUACUGCUCGUCUUGAUCCUGCUGCAAAACAGAUUGAACUCGACUUGCUUCGCACCCUACCAAACAAUAAGCAUUAUGAGUCCUUGGAUGCUAGUGGAGUUGCUCCGCUCAGAAGAGUUCUUCUUGCUUAUAGCAGACACAAUCCAGCUGUUGGAUACUGUCAGGGAAUUAACCGAUUAGCAGCCAUUGCUCUGCUGUUCAUGGAAGAAGAAGAAGCAUUUUGGUGUCUUGUUGCUAUUGUGGAGUACAUCAUGCCUCCAGAUUACUAUAGUAAAACACUUCUAGCAUCCCAGGUAGAUCAGAGAGUAUUAAAGGAUCUGCUAUCAGAAAAACUUCCAAGAUUACACAACCACCUGGAACAGUGCAACGUAGAUCUUUCUCUCUUUACUUUCAACUGGUUCCUAACUGUAUAUGUUGACAACAUACCAGUAGAGACGUAUCUUCACAUCUGGGACGUCUUCUUGUUUGAAGGUAGUAAGGUUCUAUUCCGUUUUGCUCUUGCGUUUUUCAAGAUCUGUGAAAAUGAUCUUCUUCAGUUAACAGACUACAUGGCUGUAAACCGUUAUCUUCGGAAUGUGUCGGAGAAAAUUAUUGAUUAUAAACGUCUUGCUCAAGUGGCUUUCAAUGACCUGAACCCAUUCCCCAUGAGAAUGAUCAAUUCCAAGAGGGCUCAGCAUGUGCAGAUAGUCAAGGCUCAGCUGGAGGAGUUAGAAGCCUUGCGAAGCAACUUUCCAGUGUAUGAUGAAGAGGUAUAUACAAAAGGAGAUCUUUCGCCUAGUGAUGAAGACUAGAAGAAAAAUAAAUAAUGUUAAAAUUAACAAAACAUUUUAUCAUAAGUUCUUUUAUGUUUCCUCUCACAGAAGUCGAACACCAAAAUUUGGAAACCUCACAUUUAAUUUAUAGUCCAUUUGGUGUUGUAACUUAUGGUUCUAAUUUUAGGUUUGAUGAUACUGUAAGUAUUGAAGACCAUGACAUCUAAAAAUGCUAUAAUUAUUAUAUAAAAGCUGUGAUUUUCUUUAGUAUAAAGUAUUAUGUCCCUAAUAUAUUAAAUGGCUACUGAUACGCUAAUCUUAUAUCAUGUUCUAUUUUAGGUCAACAAGGUGUUAAAUUGAAAUUUUUCCACCAUUGAAAACAAUGCGUUUGUUUUUUUUAUGUCACAAGGUCCUUACAUGCAUUGUUUUAUUACUUUGAAAUCAUAUUGUUCAUUAAUUUACACUACAUGCUUAGGAGGAGUAAAGUUGACGAGUCAUUGUCACAAUGUGUAUCGAACACAAGGCUCUAACGAUCAUUGUUGAAUAACUACCGUUCUUAAUUACCAUUCCUUCCUGCUUACAGAAAGAGAGAGAGAGAUCACAAAAGCGAAGAUGUAUUGCACACAAACUUAUUUUAAAUGCUGGUAUGUAUUCUUUCUGUGAUAAUUGAAUGACAUUUCCCGUUAUUAAGGAGGGUUGCACUCGUGAUAUAUGGAAAUGAUAGUUCUGUACUGGGCUAAUAAAGUAUGGGUAAGGGAUUUUACUGUCAAUGCUUUAUUUUGUAAACUUUUUUUUUGAAAGUAUUCAAUAAACUUAUACUGAUAUAGUU